AUGGAAUGCGCCGUUCAAAUGUCCUUGAGCGAGGUGGCCUCAGAAGACCCGCGAUUCCUUGAGCAAGAUCCACCACCACUUUCAGAGGAGUUCCCUGACGGCACCAAGAUUUUUUUCCUAGGCGAGCACGCAUACGGAGUGCCGGCCCAGGUAUCUGCAACAGCAGAAGAUACGCUCUCGGUGAUAUUGGCCUUUUUCCCGUCAGAAAAGGCCGAGAACGAGAGGUUCAAAGAAAUAGUCGAUGCUAGAGACUCAGGGCGGUAUUACCCAUCCUUCAAAACCGCUGAGAUCAUCGGUGUCUCCGGGCGAGCGCUAUCCAAGAUUACUUCGAGCCUGAUGGUCAUUACAUCUGAUCACCAAAAAACCAAUCUUGGUUUAAGCCUUAAAUUCGAAGCAAAAGGACUGAAAGUGAUCAACUACUCUCGCAAAGAUGGUCGCUUUUGGGAAUUUAGCCAGAAGGCCGUUGAUUUGAUACGGGAGUACAAGGCAAAAUUCCCUGAAAUCUUCCAAACGGUCGAGAGAGGAGGCGACGCUAUGGCAAAGGCUGAGGAGGUCUUCUCCGGUCCUGAUCCUGAUAGUAAAGUGAAGGAAAUCAAAGCUUGGCUGAAAUCUAAGGGCGUCAGGGAUUUUGAACCUGUGUCCUUAUACGCUGACCAAUUGACUAAGGAAACGGUCUCGAAAAUCGAGGAGCUUGCCGACAGUUUGAGCGCAAAUAAGUCUUCUUCCGCUAUUAAGAAGGCAAUUGUCAAGGGGAUUCCACGGCAGGCAGUCCUAAAACCAUCUCAUUCUGUCUAUCGGCUACAAAACCAACACUUUUCCUUGGGAGAUCGGGUAAUCAUGGUACAGGACUCUGGCGGCGUGCCAUUGGCUGUCAAAGGCGUUGUGAUAGGGUUAAAUCCCAAAUCGAUGGAUGUCGUUUGGGACGUUGCGUUCAUGUCUGGUGUGACUCUAGGGGAUCGAUGCUCGCAGUAUCGCGGCGCCACUGUAGAGUUCAACACAUGUCUCAAUCUCAGUCGUCCUCAAUACGUCACCUCAACCAACCCCCAAGUUCCACCGACGGUCAACAACAAUCCACCAUUCAAGCCUCGCUCUGGACCUUAUCCACACAUACGUCCUGGUAUCGGCCAAACGCCAGCUUCCGGCUUUCGUGCUGCCCCAGCACCCCAUGCAAAUCACCAAACCCACGUGCAAAUUAUGUCCAAUCCAAACGGUGUAGGGAGAGGUAAUAUCCCUCGUCGCGGCGCUCCACCAGCGCAAAACGGUCGAGGAACUGUUAUGCAGCCAAUUGCAACGACUACAGUACAAGCUGGUCAUUCUGGGCCGCAAGAUGGUCCCCAUAGUCCUCCGCAUGGCGGGCGAGGUGCCACGCGCGGGGCGUUUAUCUUCAACCGUGGUAGAGGGAAUAGCCCUAGUCGUGGUAGAGGUGCAUCGAGAGGUUUUCGAGGCAGGGGUCGGGGUUUAGUUCCCCAAACCCAGGUGCCCUCUUGA